AUGUUAACCACCCACCUAGAUACCAAAGAGAAACCUUAUGCUUGUCCAUGCGGUCGAUCAUUCUCUCGAAAGGACUUGCUCACUAGACAUGAACGGCUAAGUCAUCCGUCUGACAGAGGUCACACUCAAACUCAAGGAUCUACGUCCAGUCCACUAAGAUCGACGGAAAGGGCUCAGGCAAACUUAACGGAAGCUUUGCCACAGCACUAUCAGCAAGAUCUAGAUCAUGCUGAUUUCUCCCUACCAUCUGCCCUGCCCACAGCGGAGUUUCCGAUUGCGGAUUCAAUGCUUCUAUCCACAGUAGAUUGUUUAUUUGCUAACCAUGGCGACCCAAUGCUGGACUUCAACAGAUUCUUGAGCUCAGCUGAAUUGAACAUUGACUGGGAUGUUUACCUCGCGGACUCAGUGCCAGUUCCGGAGGGCAAUCAGUCACAGAGUGCCACGGGUCAGCUCUUUACUCCGGAUAGCACGGACUUCCCAUCACGAGUUACAGAUAAUUUGUCUGACGACUUUCGUGAGCUGAAGCCUCUCGGCUGUCCAUGGAUCAUACUAGAAUCACAACGUUUACAAUUCAAUGAGGCUCUAGCUUUAUUCCGACAAGUCAUCCAUCAAUUUGUCCUCCCAACCCGGGCAUCGAUUGUCCGGUACAUGAGUGGCUAUGUUGAUGGGUUUAGCAACCAUCACCCCUUCAUCCAUGUGCCAACUUUAAAAAUCCUCUCGUACUAUCGCUCCCCUGAGAUGAUCCUGGCGCUUCUCUCCAUAGCACGAGCUCUGUACCAGGCCAGUAGGUCCAUUGUCCUUGAGAGACUACAUAAAGGGGAAUUGUACGAUCAAGGCCAGCAAGAUUUGACAUCUGAUACGACACUGAGCGAUAAUAUGGACCGUAAUCGAGCGCUAUUACUUCUGGCUAUAUACCGUUUAUGGCAGAACCAGGCAAGCUUAACUCAGGAAUGUUUCGAAUAUCAAGGUCCCAUUGCCCGCUCAAUCCAACAAACCGGACUGUUGGAGACAUUGAAAGAAACUGGGGAUAAGUGGGGUCAAUGA